AUGGGCAGAAGUUGCAAUCUUCUCUUUGGUCUUGCUGUUUUCAUUCUGCUUCAUUACCAUACUUCACUGGCUAUUGUUCCCAAUAUUAGCACUGAUAAAGAUGCACUUCUUGCCUUAAAAUCUCACAUUUCUUCUUCUGAUCCUAAUGAUAUCAUAGCAAGCAACUGGUCGUCCUCCAGCUCGGUUUGCAGCUGGAUUGGCAUCACUUGUAGCUCGCGCCACAAUAGAAUCACAGCUUUAGACAUUUCUAGCAUGCAACUUUAUGGUACCGUUCCUCCACACGUUGGAAACCUCUCAUUUCUUGUUUCCCUUGACAUCAGUAACAACAAUUUCCACGGAGAGUUGCCAGAAGAGUUGUCUCAUUUGCAGAGGUUGAAAUUGAUUAUUGUCGAAAGCAAUAAUUUUACUGGUGUCAUUCCAUCAUUCUUAGGUCUGUUACCAAACCUUCGCAUUCUGCGCCUUUCGAGCAACCAAUUUUAUGGGAAAAUUCCACCUUCCCUUUCCAAUCUAACAAAACUACAAGGAUUGGGCGUGGAGCGCAAUUUUCUUGAAGGAGAGAUCCCUCAAGAACUCGGUAAUCUUCGUUACAUGACUAUCCUAGACCUACAACUAAACCAGCUUACUGGCUCUAUACCACCAUCAAUCUUUAACAUUACGACAAUGCGAAUCAUUACUCUUUUCAAAAACAAUCUUGCUG